CGCAGAGGGCCGACAGGAGCGCUGGCAUCGGCGGAAGCGCGCCAUUCGUCUGUCAGCCAGGUGCCAUUUGACUAUCUGAGCGCUCGCUUCUCUUUGAAGCUCAGUUCGCGACGCGACUCGUCGAAUGGUGUACGCGGGCGGCCCUGUUAAGCAGACAGGAAUGUUGACAACCGUUCUGUAGAAGCCGCGAGCUCCGACGCUUUUGCCGCACGGCAAAUAACGUUAACUUACGCCGACGUUUUUCCUUCAAGGAGAACACAAAAGACUUUCACAUCCUCGCGCGACCAAGAGCUGUAAACCCGUCUUACCUACUGCGCGGAGUCAGGAUGCUCGCGGCGUGGUGGCUGUGUGUGGUGGCCGUGUCGCUGUCGGCGACGGCGCUCUCCGCCCUGGACCCUGAGCAGGAGGUGCGCGUCGUGGACCCGGAGCAGGAGGCGCGCCAGUACCUCGAGCUGCUAGACAAGGAGUACGGCCGGCGCGCCAACGUCGAGACGCUCGCCGAGUGGGGCUACGCCUCCAACAUCACCGACGAGACGCUACAGUACAAGCUAAACGUGUCGGCGGAGCACGCCAAGUUCCAGAAGCAGCAGUGGCUGGAGACGAUCAAGUACCCGUGGCACACGUACAAGGACCCCGACAUCCGCCGCCAGUUCCAGAAGUACUCCGUGCUCGGCACGGCCGCCCUCUCCGAGGAGAAGUUCGACAAGCUGGAGAAGCUGGUCAGUGAGAUGGAGUCCAUCUACAGCACGGCCAAGGUCUGUGACUACAAUGAUGCCACCAAGUGUGACCUCAGCCUGGAACCGGAGCUGACAGAAAGACUGGCAGAGAGCCGAGACCCUAAGGAGCUGUCUCACAUAUGGGUGGAGUGGAGGCAUGCUUCGGGAGAGAAAGUCCGCUCACAGUUUGAACAUUAUGUCGCUCUCAGCAAUGAAGCUGCUGUCCUGAACAACUUCACAGAUGCAUCGGCAUACUGGCUAAAGGACUACGAGGCAGAAGACUUCCAAGACCAAGUGAAGGCCCUCUGGGAUCAGGUGAAACCACUUUACCAGCAACUGCAUGCCUACGUCCGCCGCAGGCUGAAUGAGAAAUACGGGGAUGAUGUCGUCAACCGCCGUGGGCCAAUCCCAGCCCACUUAUUAGGUAACAUGUGGGCUCAGACAUGGAAUAACAUUUUUGACAUCUCAGUUCCCUUCCCUGGAAAGCAGAACAUUGAUGUAACAGAAGAAAUGGUUAAACAGGGCUACACUCCUCUGAGAAUGUUCAAGCUGUCAGAAGAAUUCUUUGUUUCACUCAACCUUAGUGCAAUGCCAGAAACAUUCUGGAAGAACUCCAUUCUUGAAAAGCCAGAAGGGAGGGAGUUGAUAUGCCAUGCCUCAGCAUGGGAUUUCUAUGAUUCCAAGGAUUUUAGGAUCAAACAGUGCACUGCAGUCAACAUGGAAGACCUGUUCACAGCGCAUCACGAGAUGGGCCACAUCCAGUAUUUCUUGCAGUACAAGGACCAGCCAUUCAUCUACAAGGAAGGUGCCAACCCAGGCUUCCAUGAGGCUGUGGGUGAUGUCAUGGCACUGUCAGUGUCAACACCGAAACACCUGCGCAAAGUGGGGCUGUUGGACGGUGCGAGUACAGAUGACCCCGAGGCAACCAUCAACUACCUCUACCUGCAAGGACUGCAGAAGAUUGUCUUCCUACCAUUUGCUUAUGUUGUGGACCUUUGGAGGUGGGCAGUGUUUCAAGGGGAAAUAACAAGCGAUGCCUACAACUGCAACUGGUGGAAACUCAGGGGCCAAUACCAGGGUAUUGAACCACCAGUUGAUAGGACUGAAGAAGACUUCGAUCCUGGCUCAAAAUAUCAUGUCAUUGCCAGUGUACCUUACAUAAGGUAUUUUGUAAGCUUCAUAAUACAGUUCCAGUUCCACCGAGCUCUGUGUAUUGAGGCCGGAGAAUACGAUCCUCAGGACGAGUCAAAACCCCUGCACGAGUGUGACAUUUACCAGAGCACCAAGGCAGGCAACUUGUUAUCAAAAAUGCUGCAGAUGGGCUCCUCAAAGCCGUGGCCUGAUGCAAUGGAGGUGGUGACAGGACAGCGGCUGAUGGAUGCCAGUGGUCUGCUAGAGUACUUCAGACCUCUGCACAAGUGGCUUGAACAGGAGAAUGCCAAGACUAGCGAAUACAUCGGCUGGGAUCCCACAGACAAACAUUGUGUGCAGACACGAGUGGAGCUUGAGAAAUUGAAGGCACAACCUGUAGAGAAAGAAGACUCAGAGUAGCAGACCACUCCUGCUGUAGCAUUAGAAUAAACCCACUAAAAUGACAUGUCAGAAAGGAGAUGCUAAUUACUGGAGCUGGUUAGGACAUCCCACAAGAUGUGAAAUGAUGUGCUGCUUGAGACUGGAAAUUCAACUUCAUUACACCUGUGAUGUUAAAUAAAUUAAUAAACAAUAAAA